UUUAUCAAGAAUGGAAUUUAUAAGGUGCCUACUGAAAACUAAGCACUCCUAUAAGUGCUUAGAGUCCGGCGACGAGCACCCGGCGGAGGGCAGCCCGGCGGAGAACCACGUGGACGGGGCCGGGGGCGUCGCGGGCGGCGGAGCGGGCAGCGGCCGGAAGCCCCUCAAGUCCGGCAUGAAGGAGCUGGCCGUCCUCCGAGAGAAGGUCACGGAGCAGCACCGUCAGCUGGGCAAGGUCACCAAGCACCACCACCAGGGCCUGGACGACAAGAAGCUGAUCCGGCCCCGGACGCCGUGCCAGCAGGAGCUGGACCAGGUGCUGGAGAGGAUCUCGACGCUGCGGCUUCCGGAGGACGAGCGCGGGCCGCUGGAGCACCUCUACUCCCUGCACAUCCCCAACUGCGACCGCCAGGGCCUCUACAACCUCAAACAGUGCAAGAUGUCCGUCAACGGCCAGCGGGGCGAGUGCUGGUGUGUGAACCCCAACACGGGCAAGCUGAUUCAGGGGGCCCCCACGGUGCGCGGGGACCCCCAGUGCCACCUCUUCCACCCGGAGCCCGAGGGCUGGGGGGGGGCUCCCGCAGCGGGGGCCCUAGCCUGGACCCCAUCCGUCGUCCGCAGGCAUCUGCCGCCCACCCCCAACCACCACCUCCUCCUCCUCCUCUUGCUCUUCUUCUCCUCCUCCUCCUCCUCCCCCUCUGGGCUGGGGAGGGCCCACGGGCAGGGCCGGAUUUUCCAAGAGUUUUAACCUGCAUAUUUAUAUUGGGAGAGAGACCCGCCCUGACAUCCCUCUCCCCCUCCCCUGCCUGGUCACCUGGCACCCUCUCCCCCUCCUCCCUUGGCAGGGCCGGG